CUCUAAAAGAAUUGCAUAACGCAUUCCGAAGAGUCGAAUACUCACCAGCAGAAUUCAGUGGGCGAUGCUAGUUGAGCUCCUGCGAAAUAUUUGCCGGACAUGGGGACAAGGAGCUUGGACGAGGAGACUUGUUGCAGCGCUGCAGUGGGAUUGCUUUUUAGGGGAGAGCUCUCGUCUCUCGUUUCCCGCUAUGGUUGUCUAUCACUGGGAUAGUGGCGGGAUUAGUGAUGGCAAUGGGACGGCGGGGCGGGUACCUCAAUUCCCAUGCCCCGCCCCACGCUACUGCGGAUCGAGGCGGGCGCGGAUACUGGGCGGGUAUACCCAUUCUUAAUUGUUAUUUGAAAAAAAUACACGUAAAGUUUACUUUUUACGAUAAAAAGAAGGGGACAAUACUUUAUAAAUGAAAUAUGGACGAAUUCGAUAAAAAAUUGAGAUAGAAUGGGCCAAGAACGUGGCAGAGCGGGUCAAAAGUAGAUACCCAUAGCUCGCCCCACGUUACUGCGGGUCGGGUAAUACCCGUCCCAUCGCGGGUCAGGUCAGGUAAUACCCGCGGGGCGGGUCCAAAUUGCCAUUGUUAGGCGGGAUGCAAAAUUUGUUUAGUUGUUGGUCUUAUGAAAGACUAGAUUAUAAAUAGAGCCGGAGAGGAUUUAUAACACGAAUGUUGCCUAGCUGAGAUGAGAAAGUAGUCUACAUGUUAAUGCAUUGUCGCUUGUUUGAAUCACAAGUUGCCAAUAUAUACUGAGGGAUUUUUUUCCAAUCGGCAAGGGGGUUGCACGCACCCCAAGUGAUCAAGUGGCUCCGCCUCUGGUUUACAUGGCGCGACCGUCCAGAACCCAACAACUGAAAAACCCCAAGUUGAAGAUGAAGGUUUCGGUAUCUUACGAUUUGGAAGACCUGCAUGAGACUAAAGAGGAGGAGGAGAAGGGGAAGGGUAAGAAGAAGAAGAAGAAGAAGCAUAGGUUGGAUUCUGAUUCGGGCAGUGAAAGUGAGGCUUCUAUUUUCGAGAGUGAUAGUGAGUCUUCGUCGGUUACUGGGUCAGAGUGUUCAUCUGCUGAGAUUAGUUCGGAGGAUUACAGUUCAUCCUCGAAUUCAGAGGAAGAGAAGGGGCGGAGGAGGAAGAAGAAACAGAAGAUGAGAUUGAGGCGGAGGAGGUACAACUCGUCCUCGGAGUCUUCUGAUUCUGGCUCGGGUUCAUACUCGGAAUCUGAGGAGGAUAGGAGCAACAAACGAAAGAAGAAAUCCAACAGGAAGCGUUGAAAAAUGCUCUUUCGCACCUUGCAAUUGCAACAAGUAAAGUCAACACCAACUUCAAGAGCAAGUAAACUAAAGGAUAAAAGAAAAGGGGAUGUGGCAGUGGGUCUCGGUAAUUAGAAACUAAAAAGAGGUAAGUAUGAGUUUUUUAUUUUAUUUUUUAUUUUCAAUAAAAGAAGGGUCAAGGGGUGGAAACAGAAAGUUUCAAAGGAUGAGGUUAUGUAUAUUUUUUUCAUUGUUAGGUUGUGUUGUGGGUUACUUUAAAACAAAUAUAUUUAUUUGAUUUUACUUAUUAUUGUUUAUUACUAAUUAAGAUAAAUAACUUUAUAAUAA